AUGAUUGCUACAAUUCCUGUCAGCGGCGUGUCCACUGCUGGGACGGGCGCUGUAACCAGUGCGCUUCGAAAUGAUUUGGGGUCCAAUAUUCAUGUCCUAAAGACUCUGAACCUGCGGUUUCGCUGUUUUCUUGCCAAAGUUCAUGAAUUAGAGCGGAGAAACAAAUUAUUAGAGAACCAACUGCAGCAAGCCUUGGAGCAACAACGAUACCAAGUAUACACUCGUGAAGUAGCUGUCCAAACCGACUCUCCUGAAUCCCGACUGCCUGGUACCAUUUGGAGUUUCACGCACGUGAGAAGACACGGAGAGCGCUAUGAGACUCUCCAGGGCCCUGGUGUAUCCUGGAAUCAUCCGGACGGUGUUGGGGUCCAAAUCGAUACCAUCACCCCAGAAAUACGAGCUCUGUAUAAUGUGUUGGCUAAAGUCAAACGAGAGAGAGACGAAUACAAGAGAAAAUGGGAAGAGGAGCUAAACAGACGAGAGCAGCUCGAGUCCUUGGUGGAAUCCAUGCAGGAGAGUGCCCAGGAGUCAGAGGAGAUCCAGGAUGAACUGAAUGAGAAGGUGGAGAGACUGAAGGCUGAGCUGGUGGUCUUUAAAAGCCUUAUGAGCGAUGAGAAAGCCAUGCGGGUGGACAUGGACACUAAGAUCCAGGAGAAAGCCAUGCGGGUGGACAUGGACAUCUGCCGGCGCAUUGACAUCACCGCCAAACUGUGUGACGUGGCUCAGCAGCGCAACUCAGAGGACAUGUCAAAGAUGUUCAACGACAGCCCGGCCGGGUCGCUCCCAGAGAGGGUGAAGAAGGAGUGCAGGCCUGUGUCUGACGAGGACAGCUCUGAGAUGGAUGCAGACCCCAGCACAAGUACCUCAGAGAAGGAGGUCCCGCUCAACGUUACUGACGAAAUGAAACGCAUGCUCAACCAGCUGAGGGAGACGUUUGACAUUGAUGAUGACUGUGACAGCCUGACGUGGGAAGAGAAUGACGAGACCCUGUUGCUCUGGGAGGACUUCAACAACUACAACAUACAACCCGGUGCCAUCACCGCGGUCUCUCAGGAUGGAAGCCUGGGCAGCCUCAUAGAUGAGACAGAAUCACUAUUCAAGACCAGAGAGCAGGAGUACCAGGAGACCAUUGGCGCGAUUGAGAUGGAGCUAGCCACAGCGAAGAGUGACAUGAACAGACACCUGCAUGAGUACAUGGAGAUGUGUAGCAUGAAGCGUGGUCUGGACGUGCAGAUGGAGACGUGCAGGAGGAUGAUCAAAGGGGGCAGGAACUCUCCCUCCGUCAGUUCGGUGGCUAGCAGCGACUCAGGGAACACUGACGAGAUCCAGGACAAACUACUGGACAAGGAUGGACAGGCUGAGGUGCCAAUCAGUUGA